AUGCCAGCUGCGCAUUGCAAGGACCCCGUCCAAAUAUUGAUUCAACUCAAGGCCGACCCCGAUUUGGUCCUCGACUCAGUCCUGGACGCCACCGCACUGCAAGUCAACUCCGAUGACGGCACGCAGCCGCAGUACUGGAACGUUCCUAAAAGUGAAAACCUCGACGUCAAGAUCGAACAGACACCUGCCACAAUGCACAUCAACACAGACCGAGCUCCCAACCGCAUCAAGGUCGUGGAGCCAUUGGACACGGAUGACCCUACUAGCAUCAUGGACCACGUCAAAGCAAAGAUCGAGACCAUGAAACGCCUCAUAACCAAGGAGGCCGACGUCCUGGCAGAGCUCGAUCUGUUGCGGCGCCCCCAGUGCUCGCCCGACGUUACCAUUAGUUCCUCCUGUUGCAACAGUCAUCAAGUCCCAUGA